AUGAAUAAACUAUAUCCGUGUGAUUGCCAAACGAUUUCUGAUUUUGCCGGAUUCGAUUACAAUGGUCGCCUAAGUUUUACAUCCGGUGGUUAUACGUGUCAGCGCUGGGACACACAAGUCCCAAACAAUCACACGUUUACUAAUCCUGCCACAUACCCGGAUGCAACGGUGAGCGAUGCUGAGAACUAUUGCCGAAACCCCGACCCAAACAAUUUUGGAAUCUGGUGUUACGUUGUUGAGCCUAAUGUCACUGGAGGGGUAGACCUGUGUGAUGUACCACCUUGUCCAGAUUCUUAUUCCGAAGAAGCAUGCACAGCUACAACCACUGCUGAACCGGAAACAACAACUGCCACCACUACCACAACUGGAUACAUAUGGAGCCACUCUUGUCGGCGCUCGGGAUUAGGAAAAGAUUACAUAGGAACGCAAAAUACAACAGACAGUAAUCAAACUUGUCUGUCAUGGGUUGAUUAUGGGGCCAGCUUUGGUCUUAGCGAUUCUGAUUUUAUAUAUGAUGGUUCAAUGGCAAGUGCUGAAAAUUAUUGCCGGAACCCCGACUCGCACAGUGGUGGUCUAUGGUGUCCAGUAUCUAACACUACACGAGGAGUGUGCGCCAUUCCUCUUUGUGAUCCUUGUGAUUGCCAAACAUUUUCUGAUUUUGCCGGAUUCGACUACAAUGGCCGCCUUAAUUUUACAACUGGUGGUUAUACGUGUCAGCGGUGGGACAGUCAGUUUCCUAAUAAUCACACUUUCACUGAUGCCGGUACAUACCCGGAUACAAAUGUAAGCGAUGCCGAGAACUUCUGUCGAAAUCCCGAUCCAGAUAACUUUGGGAUCUGGUGUUAUGUGAUAGAACCUGAAGCACCCGGUGGCGUAGACCUGUGUGACGUACCGCCAUGCCCAGCUACUUAUUCCGAGGCAGCUUGUACAGCUACUACUACUGAGGAACCUACCACUACCACCGGGAUGAUCACUACCACUGAUACGCUUACCACUACAGAUACAAUUACCACCACUGGCGCACCUUUAGUUGGUUCUGGAUAUAUAUGGAGCGAUUGGUGCCGUCGGACGAAAAUUGGCAUUGACUAUAUUGGGUUUCAAAAUGUGUCGCUUUUGGGAAAUUCUUGCCUUCCUUGGGCAGAACACGGUGCAAAUUUCGGACUCAGUGAUGCCAGUUUUAUUUAUGACGGAUCCAUGGCAAAUGCGUCGAAUUAUUGCCGAAACCCAAACUCGCAAAAUGGCGGACCCUGGUGCCCAGUUACUAACACCACCUUUGAACGUUGCUACAUUCCUCGAUGUGAUCUGUGUGAUUGUCAAACGGCAAACGAUUUUGCUGGUUUUGAAUACAAUGGUCGUCUAAAUUUUACCAUAAGUGGGUACACCUGUCAGCGAUGGGACAGUCAGUUCCCAAAUAACCACACCUUUACUGAUCCCUCCAUGUUCCCGGAUGCGAACGUUAGUGACGCUGAAAACUACUGCAGAAAUCCUGAUACCGACAAUUUUGGAAUUUGGUGUUAUGUGGUAGAGCCUGAAGCGCCAGGAGGUGUAGAUCUUUGUGAUGUUCCCCCGUGUGGAAUUGGAUACGCACAACACUGCGUUGACACAUCAACCUCUACAUUAGAAAGCACAGCCAGUUCGGAAGUCUCCAGUAGCGUCUCUAUGUAUGUGAGUGAGACUUCAUCAUCGACAAAUGCCCCUAUUUCUACUACAGCAACUGCUGAUUCUUCAAUAAGUUCAUCAGUUAGUUCUUAUCCCAGUGGACUGUCCGAAUCAUCUUUGUCUUCUUACUUAAGCGACGAAAGUACAGCCACAUCAACCUCUUCUGACUCACAAUCGGACUCUGGUCUUUAUCCCAGCCAAAGUAGCGAAGAUAGCACAACCACAUCAGCCUCUUCUGACUCACAAUCGGACACUGGUGUUUAUCCCAGCCAAAGUAGCGAAGGAAGCACAACCACAUCAGCCUCUUCUGACUCACAAUCGGACACUGGUGUUUAUCCCAGCCAAAGUAGCGAAGAAAGCACUACCACAUCAGCCUCUUCUGGUCAAAGUGAAAGUACGCAGAUGGAUUCCACCACUACUGAAAUAUCAAGUACGGUCUCAGUGCAAAUUACGACGGAGAUUUCCCCCUCUGCAAGCCAGUACUCGGAAAGCGCUACAGCAGAGACGUCAGCCGUUUUAACUGCCUCUCAAACAGAAACCUCCAUGACAUCUUUAUAUUUCUCUGCAUAUUCUCCCACUGAGGCAUUUACCAGUUCAACAGCGUCCAGUUGGUUUGCUAGCACUUCUGUUGCCAAUUCAACCAAUUCUGUGAGCACAGAAAGCAGUAAUUCCAUAGCUACUGCAAGCAUUGAAACCACCACAGCUCCCACUACCACAGUUACAACACCCUAUCCUGCCCAUACCGUAGAAGAGCUAGAUACCCUCAUCAACAAUACUCUGUCCAACAUCACCAGCGACGUCCUUCAUGCAGUGCAAACUAUAACGAACUUGAUCAAUGUGCACGCGGCAAAUGCAACGAAUAACGUAGACCUAGAUACUCGAAGAGAGCAACGAGGAAAGGUGGUCACAGUGGUAGUUAACCUUGCAAACAGCAGUGUUACCCCUACAACAUCUGAUCUUCUUGGUUUAGCAAACGUGUUGGCGGAUGUAACUCAAGUCUCCAACGAACUUAGUAACGACACCAUGCUGACCUGUGUUGAAGCAGCAUUUCUUAUAAUAGAUAAAACAAAGUCUUCUAAUGCGACCUUAGAAGAAGUUGUCUUUGCCAGCACAGCCUUAACAUCAACUACUAGUAAUAUAUUCAAUGUUGCCGUAUCAGGCAAUGAAGUUGUUGUUGAAGCAGAGGUUGUGCCAUUAAGUGACCAGGAAAAGACAGUGGUGAGAGGACUUGCGACCGAGACCACUGCUUUCUUUGAUGCAGCUUCUUGGGCAAUCUACAACAGACUGGAUAACAGCACUAACACAACAGUCACUAUAUCUACGCCAUUUGUCAACAUGACUAUCCAGAAGAUGGCGCAUCAGACCAAUGAGACCGUCCAAGUGUUUGGCGCGAAUAUAUCACUACCCACCAUCGACAGUGCUGAUGGCGAUCUGAGGCUGAAGAUACUCUCCUUUAAACACAAUAUAUAUGCGUACGGAAACGAAUCAUCGAAGGUGAACACAGCUAUGACGUCUAUAGACUUGAGCUACCCAAAUGGCACCAAGUACGUUUUAAAAGAACCCAUUCGAGCAAGUGUAACAACCAGCAUUGGUGACAAAAUCACCUACAAAGACCUCGAACACUACCGUUUCUUGAACUGUGAUCCUGUGUACCAUAAUUUUACAAUUCCGGACCCAACUGCUGCAUUGCGCAUUGAAUUCGGGGUACCAGAGGAAGUUGACUUUUAUGAAUUGUCGGGAUUUCCCAAUGAGGCACCAACAGAGACAAAUUACACGUUCAAAUAUCUUAUUUCACAUUCUGGCGUAGAGAGUGCUGAUCUUGUAUGGAAUGUCAAGGAGACGGUGCGCGUUAACUCUGAUGUGGUGUCGCUUUUCAUCCCUGCUGGGGAAAUACUAGAGACGGGGUUUGUCAUCGUCAAGAUUGUUUCAAUUAAUGCCACAGUAAAUUCCACCAGUCAUAGCAGAGUAAAGCGUUUGGCGGGUGCCGGCAGGGGGCGCGUGGCCGCAGAAUCGACCACUAUGGAGACAAGGGUUUGGGAUACCCGCUCUGAAACUUGGAGCACAAACAGCUCCAUAGAGAUUUUGGAGGAAUCAACAAAAGACAAUGUUGUCUUUAAAAGCAAUUUCCUGGGGUCAUUUUGCACAGGGGUCUUCAUUCCACCGAAUUCCUUAGAUUUCGCCGGAGUGGUUGCUAACUUUUCUGAACGGCUUGCUGAGAAUCCCUAUGUGCUGAUAAUAUUGUGUAUUCUGCUGGCUAUUUACUUUCUGUUGUUGAUAUGGGCAAGAUGGGCAGACAAGAAGGACCAAGUGCAGUGGGAAUACGCCCCUCUUGUGGACAAUGAGGCAGAUGGCAUGUAUUUAUACCGUAUAAGUGUCCAUACAGGCCUGCGUCGAGGAGCCGGCACCUCUGCUAAUGUUUUCAUACAGUUGACAGGAACUGGAGGCAAGACAGGGCCAAGGGUUCUUAUAGAUGGUUUCCGAAAGAAUUUCACUCAAGGGAGCGUCAGUAACUUUCUCCUGACAACAAGAGAGUUCCUGGGUGACAUAACACGGAUCCAUGUCUGGCACGAUGGCAAUGGCUACACACCGGACUGGUAUCUAUCCAAAAUUACAGUAGUCGAUAUUCUUCAGCAGACACAGUACUACUUUAACUGUGGACAGUGGCUGUCGCUGACAAGUAAUACUACUUGCAUCGAGAUAGAUGUCACUGCCGAGCAAAACAUGAAGAAUUUCUCUGUGCUCUUCAACAGUCAUAGCAAAGUCGGCUUCUUUGAUGACCACACUUGGUUUUCACUCUUCAAGCGGCCGAGCAAAAGUAACUUUUCCAGAGUGCAGCGUCUCAGUGUGUGUCUGUCCAUCUUGUUCAUGACGAUGAUGGUGAGCUGUAUGUGGUACAGGGAUGAGGCAGACGAUACAUCAGCGGCGCGAAACUCCAGCAUCGAGAUUGGACCACUUAAAAUAACAUUUGAACAAAUAUUUGUUGGUCUAAUGGGUAGUCUGAUCGUCGUCCCGCCCACUGCUUUAAUUGUCCACAUAUUCAAACGGUCUAGGAAGAGGGUCAAAGGUUAUUCUGAGGAUUCUAAGGAUCGAUUGGAAAAGUUACUUACUAAAGUGAAACUGUACCAAGAAAACAAUGUUUUUAAGGAAGAGGGCAUAGUGUCUGCUGAAAACGGAAAGAGCCUCGAGCAAGUAGAGUCUGAUCAAGAAAAACAACGCUUGACGUCUCCAACGCCGAAAAGCAGUAGGUGCUGCAAAGGGAAAAGGUUUACCUAUCCUUGGUGGUUUAUUAUUUUUGGCUAUAUUUUGGUAUUCUUAACUACUUUUGCUGGAGGCUUCAUUACACUCUUCUAUGGACUUCAGUGGGGAUCUGUCAAAUUUCUCGCCUGGUUUGGUUCUUGGGUCUUAUCUUUUGUGGAUUCACUACUUUUGGUUCAACCGGUCAAGGCUGUGUUGCUUGCUGUGAUUCUCUCGUGCAUAAUGCGUAUGCCUGACGAAGAAGAAGAUUGCACCACUGUAGAAGAAGACUUUGCUGUUACCAUAUCAAGAGGCACCAUUAGCGAAUAUUCAAUACCGAAGGGUAUAGAGAUACCAUUGGAACCGCCCGAUAUCAAUGAAUGGUCAGAGGGAUUAGAAGAAAGAAAAAAGACGGCACAGCUUGACGAUAAAUUAUUCACGUUUCUCAAAGAUAAUUGCUUACAUCUUCUUUACUUGGCUCUUCUAAUAUGGAUAGCCUCGGCAAACAGAGACAGCAAGUUUUAUUACCAGAACAAAGCCAUUCAAAACAGUCUGGGCCUUUCCUCCGUUUCAAAGGUACGCAACCACACGAUGAUAUUACCGUGGAUAGAAAAAAGCAUCCUACCGCCGCUCUUUCCGCGUACGACGUACAAUGGGGACUUACUGAGCUCCGAUGCAGCAAGUUUUAUGCUGGACAUUGAUGCAUACCGACUAGGACCGGUUCGAAUUCGACAGCUGCGUGUGACCUCUAAGAGUUGUCUCCAAGUACGUGUUGCCUAUCUGCGCGACCCUUACGGCUGCUUCUCCGAUUACUCUGACAGUAAUGCUGAACAUGGGACUUAUUUACCAGGUUGGGAAGGAGGCCCUGCGGAAAAUGUAUCCUCGUCACCAUUUGCAUACUCCAGCCCGCACUCGAACACGCUAUUUACGAAGGGUGUGUUUGCUUCUUACGGCGGGGGUGGCUACUUGGAGGAGUUUCAAUAUUUUAGUAACGCAGACAUUCUGAAAUUUGCAGCGCUAAAGGAUAAUAACUGGACUGACUCAAGGACGAGGGCUGUUUUGAUUGAAUUCACCGUCAACAAUGAAAUAUCAGAUAUUUUCACCGCUACAAAGAUUCUUGUGGAGACCCCGGCUGUGGGGAGCGCUUUCGUCAGCAGCACAUUAACUAGUUUCCGUCCAUAUCCGUAUAAAGAAGCGAUAGAUUUGGUGCUCCUGCUGGCUCAAAUAGUUUGGCUUGGAUUAGUCCUAUAUCUAUUAGUUAAGCACAUAAUUGGCCUCAAAAAGCAAGGCUGGCAGUAUUUCUACGACGCAUGGAAUGUAUUUGAUCUGGUGAAGAUUCUACUGGCAGUUAUGACUAUCAUCGUUUACGUUGUACGAAUAGUCUACAUCAUGCAGGCGGUUGAGCAUGUUUUUAAUAAUAGAGGGCAAUUUACAAGUUUCGAUAAAGUUGCCGAGGUGGACGAAAUAUUCAGCGUCUCGAUCGCUGUCCUGUGUUUCUUUGCGAUAAUGGAACUUUAUCGCCCGUUAUCGUUCAGUCAGACGCUCGCCAUCAUAAAAACUUCUCUCAAGAUUUCACUGUCAGAAAUGGUCUGGUAUGCCGUGGCAUUCAUUAUCAUCUACCUGGCUUUUGUUAGUUCUUUACACGUCGAUGCUGGAAAUCUCUUCUUUGCGUUCCGUUCACUGUAUGCUUCGUUUUCAUCAUUAUUCCUCCUGACUCUGGGAUUAAUAACAUACGACGACGUGUUCCAAGAAAAAGAAUUACUUUCUACUGUCCUCUACAUAGUGUUCAAUAUAUUCGUCUACUUGAUUGUGUUGAAUCUGUUCAUAGCUGUGAUAUGCGACUCCCAGGUAGCAGCGAAAGAGGAGUCCGAUCAAGGCUACGAUGAGGAGUUAAGUAUUCACUUUUGGAAACGAGUGCAGGGCCUUUUUGACAGUUUGGGCGGAAGCAAAAAAGAGGAGGAGAAUGAGGUCAAAUAUAUAGGAAAAGUGCAAGUGACAAGUGAGGUCAAAGAAAACGCUACCGAUAAAUCUGAAACUGACGAAAAGGGCGAAGUCAAUGGAAAAAUGAAACGUUUGUCCGUACUCUUAGAAUACUUGCAAGUGCCUAAGGAAAAGGAAGAGACAAAAUCAAAGAGACGACAGAAGAAAAGCAAUUAUAAUGCAGUAGCGAUAUCUAUGAAAAACACUGAUAAAAAGUCGGAGCUCCUGGAAAUCAAAUCUCAAAAGAUAUCAGAAAAACUUCAGCACUUCUUAAAAACAGCUAAACUGGAAGAUGUGGAAUAUAAAAACAUCAUUAUCAACCUUGAAGCCAUUACUCGAAAUAAUCCACGUAGACAAUCCAGUGGGUCUAUAUCACCAAAACACAGGCCAUCAAGCGAAAUACUUGAGAGAAAAAUGUCGUCGACAAGUUACAUUAAUAAUGACGUCAUUCGUAGACCAUCUUCCGUAAUUAUUGAAAGUGAAGGCAGCGAACACAGAAAAAGUAUUAGUUUCGCUCCUGACAUUCAUGAGAUUUCCGAAGAGGAACCACCUACUACCCCGAAUAUGUGGGCAAAACCUGUCCACGGUUCUUCUCAACUACAAAGUCGAGAAAAAAGAACUGCUUCAAAAAAGCCGCCAAAGUCAAGCGGACCCGGUAUGGUCAGCAAUGUUACAACAAUGGUCCGGGCACGCCGGUUAAGUCGGGAACUAGCGCAUAAUAAGAAACAGAGUCAGUCAGCAGCUACCAGCAGAAAUCCAAAACAUGUUUCUACGGUUGAUAAACUGAAUGAAAUGCCAUUGUUCGAAGAACUAGAACUUUUAGAAAAUUUGGAAGAUGAUGAUUAUAUGUACGUGUAAAUUGACAAAUUAUUGCUUUUAAGUUUAUUGACUUAUAUUGACACUACACUAGCGUCUUCGGUUGUUGAGUGAUUUCUUCUCGUUGCAAUCUGCAUUUAGAGAAAUUGCAGCUCAGAUUUAUUGGGCCUAUUGUUACAUCUUUACUCGUUAUGAGCUGUCAGUUUCAUAAAAGAGGUACCUUUGUGAGGCUCUUGAAGGAUUUUUAUAACGAAUUCGAGAAAAAUAAU